AUGAGCGCUACUGGAGCAUCGGCACGGCGCAACCAGGCGUGCGACGAGUGCAAGCGGCGCAAGGUCCGCUGCAACAACCUCGAUCCCUGCCGCAACUGCGCUAGAGACGGAAAGACGUGCAUCUACAGCUCGCCAUCCCAUACCAUCCGAAUCCUGGAGAAACGCCUGAGCCACUACGAAAACCUUCUGCGCAGCGUGGAAAUGACUUGGCGCCGCUACGUGCCCGACAUAUCACUGCACGAAGCGCUCCGGACCAUGACUCCAGACACGUCCCAGCCUGCAUCGUCCCCCGUUCUGCCGGACCAGAGCGUCAUCGAGACGGAGCCACUCAACGCCGACGAUCUCGAGUUCGACGAAUCGCAGGGGUUUUCAGACCUCGUCGACGGCAUGGUGUCGCUCACUGUCGACCCGCACGGCUACAUGGGCACCGAAUCGGGCAGCGCUGCGCUUAAAUUUCUCAAUGAGCUUAGCGCUUCCACCCCGCGCUCCAGCUCCGCCGGAAGCUCCACCGGCACCGAGACCGACACCCUGGCAGCCCUCACCCGUCCGCCGGAACUGACGCGCCUGCUCGACGACUACUUCGCCCACUACCACUCCGCCUAUCCCAUCCUGCAUGAGCCAACCUUCCGCGCACAGAUCUCCGGCGCCGUAGCCAAGCCGAGAGAUGGCUCGUGGCCGCUGUUGUACCACAUCGUGCUUGCCAUCGGCUCGUUUGUGGGCGCCUCAGGCUCGGGCAGGGAGGACAUACAGCUGUACCAAGCUGCCCGCUCCCACUUGACGGCAGCAAUUCUGGAGAAGGGCUCGCUGCCUCUGGUCCAGUCGCUCACGCUGAUGGGCAACUAUCUGCAAAAACGCAACAAGCCAAAUGCCGGCUUCAACAUCUUGGGAGUCGCUGUAAACAUGGCCCUCGCCAUUGGCUUGCACCGCGAAUUCCACCCCUCCAGGACCACCCCGUUCGUCAUGGAGCUCCGACGCCGCACAUGGUGGACUCUCUUCGUCUUCGAGUCCGGGGCUCGCCUGACCCUGGGCCGCCCGCCCGUCACCCUCACCGGGGUAACGGUAGGUCUGCCCACGAACAUGCACGACUACGAGCUGGCCGUCGACAUCGACCUGCUGCCGCCGCCGCAGAACGUGCCGACCGUGACGUCCUGCCUGCAAGCCCAGGUCAGCCUCGCGCGCAUCGCCAACGCGGCGCACGUCAAACUGCACUCGUCGUGCAGCCUGCGGCCGUGCGAGGUGCUGCAGUUCGACGCCGAGGUGCGCAACUGGCUGGCCUCGCUGCCGCCCUACUUCGGCAGCGACCACGAGUGGGCCUCGAGCCCCAAGAUGAUCCUGCUGUGGCGAGCCGCCCACCUGCGCAUCAUCAUCUGCCGUCCUUUCCUCUUCGCCGCCAUCCGCGCCCGCGCCCCGCUCGACAUCCAGGCCUCCGACGGCCGCUACAUGCCCAACCCGGUCUCCAUAUGCGUCUCCAUCGCCCACGAGUGCGCCCUGUCCAUUUGCGAUUACUGGGCCGCCAAGCCCGCUGCGGAGCGCAAUCGCGGCCUUGCCUGGUACGCGUCGUACUGGCUCACCACGGCCGGUGUGGUCCUCGCGACCUGUCUGAUAUACGAUGCCACACAUCUCUUGGCCGACCAAUGGCGGACCGAGCUCAGCCGGACGUUGGCGACGCUGGCAGAGCUGGGCAAGGCGUGCGAUAUGGCCUCGAAAGCAUGCGAGAUCCUCGGUGGAUACGUCGAAGGCUUCCUCCCUCCGUCCUCGACGGGCGAAGCACCGAGCCAGAUGAAUCUGGACCAGAUACUGGAGACGAUCGGUGCCCAGACUCAGCCACUGGAGCUUGUGACGGUGCCGGGAUUCGAAGGGUUUGGGCCAGACUUUUUUGCCGACUUUGGCGCCGGAGACAUGUGA